GACUCCUCGCGGAAACAGUAACAUUCCUAGUCCAGCUGCUAGUCCUCCAGCACCUAGUGCAACUAGUACAACAUCAAGGCCCUCCACCUCAAGCUCACCUACAACAAGAACAGGAGGAGUGGUUUCUAAAGGAUGCAUUGUGGCACUGUCGGUCGUGGGCGGUGGAAUACUAGUGGGUGUUGCGAUCGUGAUCCUCUGUCUCUGUUGGCAGAUCCAAAUGAGGAGAAGAGCUGCGGAAGAACUACAGUUAUGCUUUUCCUUCUGCUUGUUAAAUUGAUGUUUUACUUAAUCAUAAACACUUGAUGCACUUAGUUAAAAAAGAAAGAUACCCGGUUCGCUUUCCGUCAACUUUUCCCUACUGCCAGACUGUAAGUGAUCGUCUCAAUCUACUCUCACUCUCGUCUUAAACCAUUCAUCUCGGCUGUAGCUGCCAUUUCAUGGAUCGACUCAUGAUCGCCGUCGUCUUGUAAAUUUAUUUGCGCUAAGUCAACUAAGAACUGCACAAAGACGGCCAACGUUGUCGCCUCCUAGUCCUGGAAGUGCUCCGCUUGGCGGCUUUUCCAACUUCCUCGCUUUCUCUUGGUUUUCCUGUCUUUUGGUUUCGUUUCAUGUGAUUCCCCGCGCCCCUCCAGAGCCCACCGCGCCAGCCUGCCGAUGUGUGCUGGGGGAUUCUGGAGGGGCGCGGGGAUUUGGAGUGUGCCCGAGGUUCGUGGCUCGCAAUUGGGGGAGGGUUUUCCUGAAGGGAGCGCAGUAGGCGGCGAGUGUUCUGCGGAUUCGUAUCAUGCCCGGCAAGGUUGAACUUUGUCCGGAUUUUUGCCGUCCUUGGUUGGAUUUUCGCCAUUAAAUACCGACGACAAGGGGCAGGGAUAGGGGUAGAGGCGCUUGCUCUUGGCUUGCUUUAGGCUCCUGGCUGUUAUCGUUACAUACCGCAAGGGAUGAUAGAGAACAACAACAAACUCAAAGGCAAAGGGUACAUCAAUUGACAUGUAGUUGAACAAGCGAGCGGCCUUCUAGUACUCCUAUAUUUCUAUCACAAGAGUAGGUAGCCGAAAACUGGAGAUCAACAUUACUAUAUUAGAGAGUAGUAAGACUCAGCAAGUAGACGAAUCAGCAUUAUUAUAUUAAUAGACUUUAUUUAAUACUCCUAUUCCAAUUCACACUAUACUUCUAGUGCCAAGAGUAGCAGCAAGCAGUAGGUGUAGAGGGAUCAUUCAACACUACUUCUAUAUGAGACUGCUGACGAUCUUCUCUAAUAGAUAUACAACAAGAGCAGCGACAAGGACCGAAAGAACAGGAGGAUCAAAGGCAGCUAUUUCCUCGAAUUCCGAGUUUCGGGUUUGAAGAUUUGCAGCCUGAGCGAACCCAGCUAGGAUCCUCAGGCGAUCAUGAUUCGACAUCACCUAAGACCACUUACUAUAGUAUGCAACGAGCAGGACGUAGUAGUUUCGUGGACGCAACAACUGCGACCACUGCAGCGAUGAAAUCUCGUCAUCAAGAUCUUCAAACGAAAACUGUAUUAAACGAGAACGCUAGAAGGAGCAUCUUCGAGGACGAACACAAUCAGAUUUUUGAAGAAAUCGCAGCUUCCCUCAAUGUGCAUGUCGCCGGGAGGAAGACCACGGCGUCGAGAGUUCUUGAGGAGCACGAAGAUGCAGAGACCUCCGCGACGUCGAGGGUUCUUGAGGAGCACGAAGAUGUAGAGACCUCCGCGAUGUCGAGGGUUCUUGAGGAGCACGAGGAAGAACAAGCACUUCUUCUACAUGCAUCAUCCAGGAACACAGAAAUAGAUAGUACCAAUCUACUUGUUCCUGGGGGUGUACGUGUAAUUGGUAUAAG